CACCGCUGCUCUGCUUCCUUCUUCCGGGAGUGCUAGUGUUCAAACACCGUCUGCCGAGUGAAAAAUAAUGUCUCAUCAAACGGGUAUUCAGGCUGCUGGAGAAGUAAAGGAUGUUUUCGGCAAUGCCAGAAACGGAGAUUACAGACUUCUGAAGAUCAUCAUUGAAAAUGAGGAGCUGGUUUUAGGCCUCACUAAACCAGUGUGUCGUAGCUGGGAGGAAGACUAUGAUUCGCUCCUACUUCCUGUGCUGGAUAAAGAGUUGCCCUGUUACAUCCUGUACCGCCUUGACUCCAAAAACAGUCAAGGACACGAGUGGAUCUUCAUCGCCUGGUCACCUGACAACUCGCCAGUGCGGCAUAAAAUGCUUUACGCGGCCACCAGAUCCACGCUGAAGAAGGAGUUUGGACUCGCACACAUUAAGGAUGAGAUUUUCGGCACUGCUAAGGAUGAUGUUUCCCUAAGCGGUUAUAAGAAACACGUCACCUCACAGUCCGCUCCUGUACCACUGACUGCAGCUGAGGAGGAACUACGACAGAUUAAACUCAGUGAGGUUCAGACAGAUAUCAAUGUGAACACUACGAAGCAAACUCUUCAGGGAGUAGCGUUCCCUUUGGACGGAGAGGCCUUCGCUGCAUUACAGCAGUUCAAAGACAAGAAACUCAACUACGUCCAGCUUAUCAUUAAUUUUGAGGAGGAGUUGAUUAUGUUGUCAAACACGGAUGCCACAGAAGUGAAAGAUUUACCUAAGAGAAUUCCUAAAGACGCUGCGCGAUAUCACUUCUUCCUCUACAAACACUCACACGAGGGUGACUACCUUGAGUCUAUAGUGUUUAUUUACUCCAUGCCGGGUUACAGCUGUGGAAUCAAAGAGCGGAUGUUGUACUCCAGCUGUAAGAAUCCGCUGUUGGAGAUGGUGGAGAACAAACUGCACAUGGAGGUCGAGAAGAAGAUGGAGAUCGAUAAUGGCGAUGAGGUGACGGCUGACUUCCUGUACGAUGAGGUUCAUCCAAAGCAACACGCGCACAAGCAGGCGUUCGCUAAACCCCGCGGCCCGCAAGGCAGGAAGGGUGAACGCAGAAUCACGCGGCGACCCGGAGAGGGCGACGACACCGGCGAUGAUUAACUGAACAUCAACAAACAAAAUCAAAGAGGCCACGUCUGUACGCCACAAAACUGUCGAACGUUUAUUUUUCAUAAAACACCCUCAUGAACUAUGCACGCUAUGACCCGAACACAUCUGUUUUCACGAUUUCUGUGGUUCGUGUUAACGAAAUGAACGUAAUUGUUGUGUUACCAUAAAACCAACCCCCCAAAAAAGGUCAACAUUCAUAAAUCUGCCAUCAUAAUAGUAUCAAUAAUGCAUAACUUCAAUUGAAACACAAAAAUUUGUUUAUUAAAAUUAACAAUACACAUCAUGAUUGUCAAACAUGCAAAAUAUUUACAGCAACGUCACAAGUUCUUCAAAAAAUGAAAAGCUGAACUUGUGUGCAAUUAUGAUCAAUGACAUUGUAUAUAAUUCAGACUUUAAACUGUGCCAAAUUCACAACAGGUUAACCAGUCGUUAAGAUUGUCGUAGUUAAUGCUGAAACACAAAACGAAAAAACGUGACCUCCACGAACGCCCCCCAUUCCUGAAUGAUCGCCAUUCCUCUUACUUUGUUAUAUUGUAUGGAAGGAUAUUCACGACUAUUUUCAAAACAAGUGUGUGUUGUUUUCAGAGAAUCUUCACGCGGCUUCAUUUCCCAUUCUUAGUGGAAAGUUUAAAUAAUGUACACAAACGCACAUCUCCCUCUUGGUCAUCGACAGCAAGGCGGCAGGUGCUCUAAAAUGUGGUCGAUUGUAACUGAUUUUGCUUCCCAUUACAAACACGCCCCACAGUAUAAACUCCCACCCCCAAAACUGACCGGUGUCUCUGUAAGGCAUCGGAAAUGCAAGUGCAAAGGGAAUUGCGAUUACAUUUGAAUUUCGGCAGUCUCCUUACGGGACGCGAGGAGGUGAAAUAGCAAACGGGGUAAUUAAUAUUGCUUUUUCAAUACAUUUUAAGACAUAGGAAAUGUAAUUGCAAAUGGACUUUGCUUUUCCAAUUGAAAUUUGGCAGACGUAUAUUUGUGUAAAUGGUAAAACGGUAAUACGCAAUUUGCAAUUGCAUUUGGAUUAUGUCAGAAUUUAUGUGUCCACAAAUAGAAAACGCAACUGCAAAUACAAUAUGUUUUGAAAAUAGUCCUGAAAAUCCUUCCAUAGUAUUGUUUUAUUUGUCUAUUUAAGGGAAAUCUUAAAUUACAUCUGACGAAUCACCAAUGUCUGUUUCCAUUUUAACACUGUCCUUUUUUACGGCAUAAAUAAAAUUCACAUUUUUUGAUAA